UAAAGGCGACUUAAAAUUUGCAAUCAAGGCUUAACUGGGAUUUUCUGAAUAUCUAAGAGCGGAAUCUUGUUAUAAAGCAUCUCCAACAAAAUUGAUUUGGCAUUACUAUUUCUUCAUUAGUACUUCUACAAUAGAUUUUACUCUAUUUAAAAAUUGGUCACGAUGUUUUCUUUUCGGAAUCUGCUAGAAACAGAAUAUUUUAAUAUAAAUCAGUUACAUGAUAAUGCAACAUCACUACAUUUAGCAGCAAGGAAUGGCGACAUGGGUGUAGUCACUAAUUUAUUAGAAGCAGGUGAAAAUGUUAAUUCGGAGUUAGGUUUCAAUGGUUUUACGCCCAUAUAUUUUGCAAUUCAAAGAAAGCAAUUAUCGAUGGUUAAAUUUCUAAUAGCACAUAAAGCAAAUGUGAACCAUAUGGCCAAACAUGGAAUUACACCUUUACAUUAUGCAGUGCAGCAAGGGUAUUUAGAUAUAGUUAAAACAUUACUUGAAAAUGGAGGAGAUGUUAGUAAAAUGGAUAAAUUGAAUAUUACACCAUUACAUUUGGCAGCUCGAUUCGGUGUAUUAGAUAUUGUUGAGUUACUUCUUGAAGCUGGAGCAAACGUUAAUAAGAAAACAAUUGAAAAGGUUACACCUCUGCAUAUAGCGUGUCAAGAAGGCUUUUCAGAUGUAGUAGACGUUUUACUAAGGGCAAAAUCGCGUGUUAAUGUUAAAGAUUUUGAGAAUGUUACUCCACUCCAUCUUGCAGUAGACCGUAAUCAUUUCGGAAUAGUUAACUCGCUUCUUCUUUGCCAGGAAAUUGAUAUUAAUGCAAAAGCUUCUGACAAUACAACCGCUUUACAUAGGGCAUCUCAGAAUGGUUGUUUAAAAAUAGUUGAACUGUUAAUAAAGAAUAAAGCUGAUGUUAAUGCUAUUAAUAACGAAGGGUUUUCUCCUUUACAUUUAGCCCUGCAACAAAAACAUUUUGGGGUGAGUGUUUUUUUGAUUGAAAAUGGUGCAAAUGUUAAUACCAAGGAUAACUUGAAUUGGACUCCUUUACAUAACGCAGCAUAUAAUGCUUAUUCAGUUGAAAUUGUAGAGAUCUUACUAGCUAAAGGAGCUAAGGUAAAUGAAAAAAUGGGUGAUGGUAAAACAGCUUUACACUUAGUAGCUGAAAAUAAUUCUGUUGGGAUCAUAAAUACCUUGAUUGAAAAUGGAGCAGAUCUUGGUGUUUCAGAUAACAGAACUUGGACUGCCCUACAUUUUGCGGCAUAUGAUGGUAAUAUAGAAGUUGUUAAAAUUUUGCUUGAGAAAGGGGUCAACAUUGAUGCUAAAACAGUUAAACUUAAUACACCCCUACAUUUUGCUGUGCAACAUUUUCACUUAAAUGUGGUUGAAUUACUUUUAAAGGAAGGAGCCGAUGUUAACGCUCUAGAUCAUACAAAUUGGACUCCAUUACAUUUUGCAGCUGAAACUGGUCAAGAAGAGAUAUCCAAUCUUUUAUUAAAACAUGGUGCUAAUGUAGAAAUAAGAGAUACUACCGAUAAUUGCACACCUCUACAUUUAGCAGCUGAUUAUGGCCAUUCUAAAGUAGUUACUUGUCUAAUUAAAAAAGGAGCUGAUGUUAAUGCAGUAACGCAUGAAAAUGCUACACCUUUACAUUUAGCAUUAACUAGUAAUUAUGACACUGUUAGUACUCUGCUUAAAAAUGGAGCAUAUUUUAAUGCCAAAAGUGCAAAAUUACGCAUCAUUGAAAAAGUAAGAAACCCAUCGGCAAUAAAAUUACUAAAAUCGAUCGAGAAAUUGUUUAAAGCCACAGAACAAAACAAUUACUUAGAAGUUGAAAAAUGCAUUAAACAAGGAUCAAUUUUAGAUGCGAAAAACGUCGAAGGACAAACACCACUACAUCUUGCUGUUAACAACGGAAACAAAAAAAUAGUAAACAUCUUACUAAAAAACGGAGUCGACGCUACUAAAAUCACUAACAAAGGUAACACACCGUUACACACUGCCGUUUCUAAAAAUCAAAAAGAAAUUGUUGAAGCAUUGUUAAAACAUGUGAAUCAAAAGAAAUUGGGUGAUUUUGUUAAUGCUAAAACAACACUUAAAGGGACCACGUCACUACACGUUGCUGCUGAAAAAAGCUUUUUUGAGAUUGUGAAAUCUUUACUGAAGCAUGGUGCGAUUUACAACGUUAAGAAUGAAGAUGGCGAAUCACCGGUUAAUUUAUCUCAAAACGAGGAUGUUAUUAAUCUUUUAAACUUAAUCGAAAAAACGUUUGGGGACGCAAAAAAUGGUGAUUUAAGCAUUAUCGGCAUGCUAAAAGAAUUAAAACCCGAUGAGUAUGAUGUUAUUAUAAACGCACGUAAUGAUGAAAAUAAAUCUUUAAUCCAGGUUGCAAUUAGUAAUAAUCAUCGAGACCUUGCAAAUGGAAUAAUAGAAAUGUUGCAAGGAUCAAGCCAGAAAAUAUAAGAUUUUAA